AUGCCGGCAGCCGCUCGUCCCUCCACUAGUACCCGCAGCGGCGGCUUCCAGCAGCGCAGCUACGCGCCGUGCGUCUCGACCACCAGCGACAUGGCGCGCACGAACGCGCUGGCUGACCGCAACACGAUCGUGGACAUGGGGCUGCGACUGGGGCGCUUCGUGCUGUGCGUGACGCUGGCGCUGGUCUUUGCCUUUGGGUUUGCGCUGCUCACGAGCAACAAAAAGACACUCACGUACGUGUACGAGCGCAGAGGGCCGUCCAAUAUGACGCUGUCGACCAAGGCAGCAUUCGUCGUGGAGAACUACAACACUCUGUUUGGGUACAUUUUGUUCGCAGGCGGCAAGAUCUUUGAAGUCUUUUGCGAGACACUUAUUUUCCCGACGCUAGCCACGUACUUGCACAACUGCUGCUUGUAUCCAGGCGACCAACCCGCGCGGAUGCACUCGGUCACGAAGGCGCGAUGCAUAUUCUGGGGCCUCAAGACGGUCAUUAUACUCAUGAACGUUGGCUUCACGAGUGUCUACGUGGGCCAAACGACGCUAAGCCCCACUCCUUUGUCUCCACGACGUCUAGAAGCGCUGUCUCGAACGUCGAUACAGAUGGAGACGCCGUUUACGAUCAACUAUCACACGGACUUACUACACUCAAUUUUGCGGACGUCGGGAACAGGUGUCACAGCACCAUUUACGCAUGAAGACACCUGCUUACAGGCAGGGCGAAGCACGAGAGACGCAGCGCUACAGUGGGAGACGUUGGCUGACGACGUAGACACGACGUCAGUGAGCUUCAGCUUUCCGCCGCACGCGUGGAACGCGGCGUUGCUUUCGUCGGAUGCACUUACGCCAACGAGGACUGUGGAAGUGUCUUUGCGCGACAGUUUAGCGAAUCCAGAAACGUAUGCAGUUACUGGCGACUGGGAUACUGCUGAACUGUACUCGAUCUUCCAGCAGAGUGUACAAAAACUGGGUCUGGCGGGCGCUGUAGCUAACGCAGAAAUGCCCACAACAUUGGGAAAGUUGAUCGGCAUGAUUGCGGAAGACCUGAGGGUGAUUUUACCUGCUAGGGCUCAUCUGCGUGAUCUGGUUCUGCGUGUGGAGCACCGCAAAGUGGCAGAAGCUGUAGAAUUUACCACUGUGCAAUUGGUCGUCCCAUUGGAAGCUGACAGGAAUGGAGACGUGCUGUGCGGCGUUUCAGGGUGUGUCUUUGUCACAUCGAAGAGCGUUUUAGAGGAGCUUCAGUUGCAACCUAGCGUGUCGAUCGCGUCGUACACGAAAGGCGUAGACUCCGCGCUUGUCUGUGGCACUUCGAACCACUAUGUGCUGGAUUUGGAAAAUGCUGAACGGAUACCACAGGAAGUGCUGACGCUUUCACUGAGUAAACUAGCGUGGCAGCUGAACUCCCUUCAUGUUCGAUACGACGCUGCGUGUGCACGUGACGAUGAAUCAUUGUGCUUCGGCUUGAGUCUGCCUUUUGCAAAAGGUGACAAUGUGCUGCUCGUGGGCAAGGAACAGCUGUUGACACAGCAUGCGGUACGCUUGUAUGCCCUUGUGACACUGCAUGCAGCCACGAUUCCAGGUAUCAGGCGCUCUGAUGCACUGACGUCAUGGUACCGUCUGGUAUCACCCGACGGCCAACUUGUGCGUCUAAGCUCGUCUGGGUGCACUUCACUUGUGGAUGCAUACCUGAAUCAUCUUGAGCGCAAUCAAUUUUACCUGGACGGCCGGCGAACUCAAGACAUGUUCUCUGCAGCGCUCUUCUAUUUGCUGCAGCGUGGAGUUCCAAUGUCGGUUGAAGAUGUCAUGUUGCGGAGACGUCUCGCGUCAUCCGCCGCGAUGACGUCGAAUGACUCAAUUGUUGGCAAUAGCUUUGCCGCUGCUGCUACAACAGACAUUGAAGUGAACGUCCCUACUGCGACGGCUAUAGUAACGGUGGCAGGAUGUAUUUUCAUCGUCCUGCUGAUGAUGUCAGUGAUUUACUUGCCGACGUCUCGGGUGAAGCUGUCGCCGGACACGACGCCAGCCGCACAGUACGUGCAGGUCCUGACCGACGAUCUGUAUCCCGACUUGGUUCACAAGAAGCGGCUGCGUUUCGCCAACGGCGACUGCCUUCUCUUUAAUGAGUACGUCGUCGACGCGAUCGUAUUGCACGCGAAGCGCGACCAGACGAAGAAGAUUUACUUGUAA